AUGGCUGCUCGUUUGAAUCGAAAUAGAAACGAACGUCGAAGUUCUUCUACCGCUUCUACAAUGAGAACCACCACCUCUUCUAAGCCAGAAAUGAUUAUCAAAACCAACAGACCAAUUUCGUCAACUACACCAAGGCAAACGACGACCAAAACUCGAAAACCUCGGAAGAAGACACAAAGUCGAAAAGCUGAUCCUACAACCACCAUCACAACCACAGCAACCAUGAGGACCACGACCACCAUGAGAACAAGACGAACAACUUCCCAUCAGUCGAGACGAACCACGACAGAACCUCGUACGAAACGGACGACGUCUGCCCCUGAAACGAGACAAACAACCAUCACCACUCAGAAGACUCGGAAUGAUAGAAGAAGACGCGGGCGGCCCACUACCACCACUCCAAGAUCGACUACCAUUACUCCAAGAUUCACAACCACUACUCUAAAAUCCACUUUCACCGGCCGAAGGAAGUUCAAAGGACGCGGAUAA